CGAGCGAGUACAACUUUUUACAACAUGGCGUACUCGUUACUUUUAACUGACGUUCCCACCGCUUCCGUCCAUCUGUCUUUUUCGGCUUAAACUCGGUCGCUUAACAAAGGGCAAAAUGUCGCUCGUGAUACCAGAUAAGUUCCAACACAUUCUCCGUAUUAUGAAUACGAACAUCGAUGGCAAACGCAAAGUCGGUAUUGCCAUGACCGCCAUCAAAGGUGUGGGUCGCCGUUACUCCAACAUUGUUUUGAAGAAGGCCGAUGUUGAUCUAACCAAACGCGCUGGUGAAUGCACUGAGGAAGAGGUUGACAAGAUUGUCACCAUCAUCUCCAACCCACUGCAAUACAAAGUGCCCAACUGGUUCCUCAACAGACAAAAGGACAUCAUUGAUGGCAAAUACACCCAAUUGACAUCAUCCAAUUUGGAUUCGAAAUUGCGUGAAGAUUUGGAACGUUUGAAGAAGAUCCGCUCUCAUCGCGGUCUUCGUCACUACUGGGGUCUGCGUGUGCGUGGUCAACACACCAAGACAACCGGUCGUCGUGGUCGCACUGUCGGUGUGUCGAAGAAGAAGUAAACAAUUCUUCGAUUACCAAAAAUGGUUUAUUUUGUUUUAACCUUCCUGCUGGCGCAUGUUUAUUCUUGAAUAUAAAUGUGCUAAUAAGUGAAACUGAAAAUAUAGUUUUUUGAUAUGAAUUCAGUAACGGAUAAUUAAAUGUGAAUAAUUUAAACCAA